AUGCGGCUGGAGCGCUGGGCGGGUGCAGCGAACUGGCUGGGCGGCGAGCAGGGGCAGCCGGAGACGCGCGCCGCGUAGCUGUAACCGGACACCGAGCGCUCGCCCCCCACGCCCCACCACUUUCCAUUCACUGGAGGUGCUUGAUUGAGCGACGCGGAGAAGGGCUCCGGGUGCCGCGCGACUCCACAGCGCAGAGGCUUCCUUUACAAAGAAACUCAGACGACUGGCGAGAAAGAAUUUCACCGCUGGAGCGCUCUAGUAAUUAAGGUCUUCUGGGAAAAGGACUAAAGAAACAUUUUCUGUGCCGAUAUCUUGUCACCCCGGUAUUUCCUCUUGGAUAAUACUUUACCAAUCUGAAGAAUGGCAUUCCAGGCAAUUUUCAUCUUGGUUGGAGUAUUAAUUUGUUCUGUCUAUGUGAAAGGAUCUUCUCAACCACAAGCAAGAGUUUAUUUAACAUUUGAUGAGCUUCGAGAAACCAAGACCUCUGAAUACUUCAGUCUAUCUCACCACCCUUUGGACUACAGAAUAUUGUUAAUGGAUGAAGAUCAAGAUCGCAUAUAUGUGGGCAGCAAAGAUCACAUUCUUUCCUUGAACAUAAACAAUAUAAGUCAAGAACCUUUGAGUGUUUUCUGGCCGGCAUCUACAGUCAAAGUUGAUGAGUGCAAAAUGGCUGGCAAAGACCCCACACAUGGCUGUGGAAAUUUUGUUCGAGUAAUUCAAGCUUUCAACCGCACUCAUUUGUAUGUUUGUGGGAGUGGUGCUUAUAGCCCAGUCUGUACAUAUUUGAACAGAGGGAGGCGAUCUGAGGACCAAGUUUUCAUGAUUGACUCCAAAUGUGAAUCUGGAAAAGGACGCUGCUCUUUCAACCCCAAUGUGAACACAGUUUCUGUCAUGAUCAAUGAGGAGCUUUUCUCUGGAAUGUAUAUAGAUUUCAUGGGGACAGAUGCUGCCAUUUUUCGAAGUUUAACAAAAAGGAAUGCCGUCAGAACUGAUCAACAUAAUUCAAAAUGGCUAAGUGAGCCCAUGUUUGUGGAUGCACAUGUCAUCCCAGAUGGCACUGAUCCAAAUGAUGCAAAGGUGUACUUCUUCUUCAAAGAGAAACUGAUGGAUAAUAGCAGAACCACAAAACAGAUUCAUUCCAUGAUUGCUAGAAUAUGCCCUAAUGACACUGGUGGACUGCGUAGCCUUGUGAACAAAUGGACUACCUUCUUAAAAGCGAGACUGGUAUGCUCAGUAACUGAUGAAGAUGGCCCAGAAACACACUUUGAUGAAUUAGAGGAUGUGUUUCUGCUAGAAACUGAUAAUCCAAGGACAACACUGGUGUAUGGCAUUUUUACUACAUCAAGCUCAGUUUUCAAAGGGUCAGCAGUGUGUGUAUAUCAUUUAUCUGAUAUACAAACUGUGUUCAAUGGACCUUUUGCUCACAAAGAAGGACCCAAUCAUCAGCUAAUUUCUUAUCAGGGUAGAAUUCCUUAUCCACGUCCUGGAACUUGCCCAGGAGGAGCAUUUACACCCAAUAUGCGUACCACCAAGGAGUUCCCAGAUGAUGUCGUCACUUUUAUUCGAAACCAUCCCCUCAUGUACAAUUCCAUUUACCCAAUCCAUCGAAGGCCCUUGAUUGUCCGUAUAGGGACCGACUAUAAGUACACAAAGAUAGCUGUGGAUCGAGUGAGUGCUGCUGAUGGUAGAUACCAUGUCCUGUUUCUUGGGACGGAUCGGGGUACUAUACAGAAGGUGGUGGUUCUUCCAACUAAUAGCUCUACCAGUGGAGAACUCAUUUUAGAGGAGCUGGAAGUCUUUAAGAAUCAUGCUCCCAUAACAACAAUGAAAAUUUCAUCUAAAAAGCAACAGUUGUAUGUGAGCUCCAAUGAAGGGAUUUCCCAAGUAUCUUUGCAUCGCUGCCACAUCUAUGGUACAGCUUGUGCUGACUGCUGCCUGGCAAGGGACCCUUACUGUGCUUGGGAUGGUCAUUCGUGCUCUAGAUUCUACCCAACUGGGAAGCGGAGGAGCAGAAGACAAGAUGUAAGACACGGGAAUCCCUUGACUCAAUGCAGAGGAUUUAAUCUAAAAGCAUAUAGAAAUGCAGCUGAAAUUGUGCAGUAUGGGGUAAAAAAUAACACCACUUUCCUUGAGUGUGCCCCCAAGUCUCCACAGGCAUCUAUCAAGUGGCUGUUACAGAAAGACAAAGACAGGAGGAAAGAGGUGAAGCUGAAUGAGCGAAUCAUAGCCACUUCACAAGGACUCCUGAUCCGCUCUGUUCAGGAUUCUGACCAAGGACUCUAUCAUUGCAUUGCAACAGAGAACAGCUUCAAGCAGACCAUAGCCAAGAUUAACUUCAAAGUUUUAGAUUCUGAGAUGGUGGCUGUUGUGACAGAUAAGUGGUCCCCAUGGACUUGGGCCAGCUCUGUGAGAGCUUUACCCUUCCACCCCAAGGACAUCAUGGGGGCAUUCAGCCACUCUGAAAUGCAGAUGAUUAAUCAAUAUUGCAAAGAUACUCGACAGCAGCAUCAACAGGGAGAAGAACUCCAAAAGAUGAGAGGUGAUUAUGGCAAGUUAAAGGCUCUCAUCAAUAGCCGGAAAAGUCGAAACAGGAGAAACCAGUUGGCAGAGUCAUAAUGUAUUCUUACAUGGGGUUUAUGCUUCUUGUUACAAAUGGUCUGUCUUCAACAAUCCAAUUUGGAGUUAGGAAUCUUAUGUUUUACCCAUGGAAAAUUCCUGAGAAGGCAGUUAUUCCUAACUGAAUGUUACAUGUACUGAAAUCAGCAUGCAUUUUUCUUGUAUGAUACUGACUAGCACUAGACAUGUCAUGUUCAUCAUGGUGCAUAUAAAUAUUUAACUUAACCCAGAUUUUAUUUAUAUCUUUAUUUACCUUUUUUAAAAAAAAUCGAUAUGGCGGCUAUAAAAUGAGAAUUGUUACAUCCGUUAGUAGAGCAAGGGCUACAACCCUGUUGUCUUCCUUUGGGGGGGAAUUAAAUGUCUUAUUAUCACUGAUAAAUGUAAAAACAAAUGCCAUGACUUUUAAUAUGUAUGUGGCAUACAUACUCAUAACAGAGAGUAACUGUAAAAAGAAAAGUAGAAUAGGUAAGAAACAAGGAAGAAGGCAUCUCUAAGUUGUAUAAAACAUGCAUGAUUUAUAAAGAAAACGUGAGUUAAUACGCUUCUAGUGAUAUAGAUGGUUUCUUUUAAGAUUAUAAAAAUUGUCAGCUGCUGAGAUCUUUGUUCCUUAGUCCCUUGUUAUAGGAGAAUAAAAUGAAAAGACCAUCACCAUAAAUAUCCUUGAUUGGACUUUGAUGUCAGUGUAACAUUAAAGUUUAUGCUCUUUACAAACAAAAGCACUUUGUUUUUUGGAAGUUAUUUAAGUUAUUCUAGAUUCAGAGGAUAUAACUGUACACUAUUUAAUGCUUACUGUUUGUUCUAAUUUUCUAGCCUGUGUUACAAGUUAAGCAAUAUAAGAAAAAAUAUAUUUGAAAUAUUAAACUUCAAAAUAUGUGAGAGGUGAAACUAUACCAAAGUGGAGGAAGAAAAUAAAACAAAUAGGAAAGGCAACUUCAUAAAGAGAAGUUUAUUUUAAAAAUGUUAUUGGAAUUGGAUUUAAAUUCAAUAAUCAAUUUUAAUUAACUCUCACAUCUUUCUUUAGUAUUUACCAACUUCAGAAAUCAUACUCAACUUUAUGUCACCAACCCCUUUUUAUGUUACCUUUUUUGCUGGAAGGCUGCUUAUUAUGUCAAUGGGUUUAAAGAAAUAAUAUUAACACAAAUAGACUUAUUCUCUUAAAAUUUUCAAUACAUUACAUUCACUGUUAUAUAGGCACAAAAUGUGGUUAGUUGAUUGGGAUAAAUAAAAUAAUUAUCUUCUAAUGCUGUUUAGAUCAUUUUAUUGUUAGAAUACUUUAGUAUUGAUUUUACAUUCAAAAUACCAAUUAGAUACCUAAGUGAGGAAAAAAACCUCUUCAUUUCAGUAUUUCUUUUAAAAACAAAAUAUUUGCUCUUUUGUUUUAUUAAGUUUUAAUAUACGUUCAUAUUUCCAGGUACAGAUAAAAAUUGCAUCACAUACCCCUAAGCAAAGCCAAGUGCAAGAUUUUUACUUGCAGCAAACUACUUCCUGAAGACAAUAACCAAGUUAGCAACUUUAAAGCACCACAGUAUAAAGUUUCAAGUACUAAAAUCAUUGUAUGAAUGUAAUUCUUAAUUAAAAUCUAAGAGCAUGAUUUACUAUUUAAGUUGUCAUAAGUUAUGUUUUUAAUAGAUCUCAACAGGACAAGAAUAAAAGUUAAAUGCAAAACAUAAUUUAAGUUUGUUUUGUAAAAGAUAUUAUUCCAAAUAUAUAUGACUCUAAAGUAACAUCUAAGGAAGUCUAUUGUAAAAAUAAAUAAAUAAGUAAAUAAAUAUUUGCUUGCUGUGUUUAUAGCCAAUCUAUGUACAAAGAUUAAAGUUAUUUUAGAGUCAUGAGUUAAACUACAAAAUUCUCCUCACCCCUAAUGAUAGAAAUUAAGGGCAUUUAGUUGUGAAAUAUUAUGUGUGCUAUUAAAUACUUUCUACCUUGAACAUUAGUUAAUUGUAUAUAAUUUUAUUACUUUUCUUUCUAAUUUGUAGAAAUCUUCUUGAAAAUAACUGCCAAAUGGAAAUAAAUUUUUUUUCUCAGUAUUGCUAACGUAUACUGAAGGUUAUUGACUGAUUUUAUUUUGUGUGCUUUGACAAUUCAGUGGCUAAACAUGUUUUGCAUUUGUAUUGUACAUAAAAUUUUUUAGAAAUACACUUUUUUCAAAGUGUAAGUUCUGGAAUAGAUUUUAGCAUGAUGAAACUGUCAUUACGGUGAAUGUUCUCUGUGUAAGAAAACAAACUAAAUGUAGUUGGCACAUUUUGAUUUUAAUUGAUAUCCAAGAAAUAAUUUUCCUGGCAAAAUAAAACAUGUUAAAUUCCUCA